ACCUACUUACACACACCUUUUGGUACACCGUUACGAUGCAAUAUUUAACUAAACACAGUAUCCACAAUACAUACAUUCAUUACUAUACGAUACUUGGCAUUACUUGUACUUGGUACACAGUUUUCCCCGCUUUAGAUCUUGGCUCCGAGCGCGGAUUCGCCGCGGAAUCAACUCUCUGAACAGAAGGAUUCUGAAACUCGUGACCUUCGUGGGUCACGUGCUAGUAGCCCAGACUAUGUCACGAAAAAUUCUUCACGCGACCGUCAAUCGUAGGUGGAAUGGGGCUCUCCAGACAAGGGAGGCUACAGUUCUCACUAUCACGACUUUUACGUUCCACAAAGCGAUACACGCAGCGGGGAGUCCAGCCAAACUCCUCCAAACCUUUGAUUCAGUCUACACCCUCUCCGUCGUCAUUGAAUGAAGAUUUGACUCGAAGGCUCAGAGCCAUAACAAACGGCGAAGCCAACAAAUAUAGCGAUGCGAACAUGGUUACUGAGACACUGAAAGAAGGUCUAUGGUCUUCCGUCGACGAAAAGAAGAAGAAAAAGAAGAAGAAGAAAAAGGUACCGGAGCCAGAAUCAGGUCUAGCCGGAUGGUCUGGCGAAAGUUGGAAGCAGGAUUGGGGUGAAGAUAAGCUGCGCUUCUCAACAUCUUCCUCUCAAUCUCGCGGAACCCCUCCGCACAGCAGUUUACCGAUUGCCUAUUCUCGACGUAUAGAAGGUCUCCUGGAAGACACACCUAAAGUAGUCCUCCAAGAUCUUUCUCCGCCCACAAAGCAGAAUCCUGUCGCAACUUUGCAUCACGGACUGGAGCGUGUUUUGUUCAACCCAGGAGUUCAUUGGCUACGAGAUCCUCGCUCCCUUGUGUACAAUUUCUCCCCUGCGUUGAGUAUCAUUCCCAAAGUCGCGGACUUCGCUUUCGAGCGUCUUACCGGGUUCAUUCGAAGCUCUCGAGACGACGAUCUGUGGGCUUUGGCGAAGCAAGAAAAGCGAAAGUUUGGCGGGUCAACUUCAUCGCUCUCAGGAAUGCUCUGUCACAUAUAUUUCUUGCUUUCGGGAAACAAAUCCGUCGAUACUAGUACUUUGAGUUUGGAUUUCAGACGAGAAAGUCCUGCCUUCACACCCGGUCAACGUAUGGCGGCUUCUGUUGUAUUCAACUACAAGAAUGGCGUGUAUUCGAUCGAUUCUGAUUCUGAUAAAGAAGAGAGCGCAGACAAGAAUAUACUGUUGUGGAUGGGCACUAUCCUGGAAAAAUAUCUCACUAUGCCAUCCGAAGAAUUCCUCUCGAACCUGCGGUCGCGCCCGGCACCACCAGGAAAUAACACGGAUGAGUCUACAAGAGAGGCCUAUCGUUACUCCAAGUCCGAGAAAUUUGUCCUGCGUUCGCAACUUGAUUGCCAUGACAGUCGACUUCCUGGUACUGGUGUAUUUGAUAUCAAAACAAGAGCGUGUCUUCCUAUUCGAAUGGAUAUUCUGAAUUUCGAGGAAAGUUCGGGUUAUCUGAUUAGAAAAAACUUAGGCCUAAUGGAGAGUUUUGAGAGGGAGUACUUCGACCUUAUUCGUUCAGCAUUUCUCAAGUAUCAAUUCCAAGCUCGAAUCGGAAACAUGGACGGCGUGUUCGUCGCUUAUCACAACACUGCGAGGAUGUUUGGAUUUCAAUACGUUCCUUUAGAGGAAAUGGAUGAACGACUUUUUGGUUCAGCUCCAGGUGUAGGGGACAGAGUAUUCCAGAAAUGCAUGGAAACCCUUGAAUUGGUCUCGGAUGAAAUCAUUGCAUGUUUCCCUAGCCAGUCUGUUAAAUGUACCUUUGAGACACAAGAUGGGAUGGGUAAAGACUUGAACAUUUGGGUCGAACCGCUUGAUUGGCAACCAGAAUUCAUGAAAAACGGAUUCAAGCAGGCGAAAGCGCGACAGACACCAAUCAAACAAAUAGUAGUUACUGCAAAAAGCUUUUGUGGAAAUGUCCCCGCAAAGGGUGCUCGAUGCGUGGGGACGAUGGACCAACCUUGGACUGUUCAUUGGACUAUCACCCAUCGUUCCUCUGAUUCGGACAAAGAAGACGAGAUACGCGCCAGUCUCCAGGCUGCGAAGGACAGGCGCUUCCGUGCUUAUAGCUUACCGACAGGCAUUUCUCCUCAGAACAUCAGGGAAUGGUGGGAUGCUUUAGAUUUCAGUGGUAGCAAAAAAAUCAAUGUUCCCAUAACUCCGGUGGAUGACGAAGGCAAUGAGGGGAUUGAAGUGGGCUUAUCGAGUGUACCGACUAAAAAAACUAGGGAUGAAUCGUUCUUCAGCGAUAAUUUCACCCCUCCUGAUUCUCGCAUUCAAUAUCUUCGUGACCUUGCCAAUAGCGGUCGAGAGGAAACAAUCAGGAUUGGCCUGGAGGACAGGGGAAGGCGAAAGGUUGUUCUCGGUGUUGGAGAGAUUGAUUGGGAAGACACAUUGGCCGAACAAGAAAUCUCAGCACAGAUUCGGAGAAAAGAAGCCACUGCCGAUGCCGAAACAGCCAGUUAGAGGGCUGAAGGAGGUACUCACUGUUGGAAUUCAGAAUGUAGUCGAUGUCGGUUCUAAGUAGUUUCCGUUGAAGUUGGGGUGCAGAGGAUGGCGAUAGCAGCAAUCACAAAAAUGCCCGCCCUUUCUUGUCCGGAAUAACGAACAGGAAACCUCCGGAAAAUGACCACUAAGGCUGGAUUUACAACGAGCUUGGAUUCAGGCAUCUUCCAGUGCACUUCGGAUGGUACUUAUCUUGCCUAAUAUUUCACAUAAUUUAUGAUUAUGGUCCAGGUCUACAAAUAACUCAUGUGUUAAACUCAUAGACUAAAUUUCAGUGGGUGCAAUAUAAUCUAG